AGCCAUCCCGGUUCAGGCCUCGAGGGCUGCCAGGUCCCUUCAGGGGCAGCGGCGCCAGCGUGGGCAGGGGGGUCCAUGACGAAGCUCAGCAUCGUCCUGAAGCAGGAUGAGGUCCUCACGAGACUCGCCAGACAUUCCCCAGCCGUACUGGUAAAGAUGCGCAGGACCUCUAGGCUGUUCGUGUGGCGCCUUGACGACGCACGUAUGCACCGAUUGCAGCAGCAGCUGAUCGACGAGCUCCAGCUGGUCUUCCAGGACCUGCACGACCUGUGCGAGCGCGGGGAGGCGGAGUGCAUAUGGCUCCUGAUCGCUCAGGGGAUGAGCGUCAAGGUGCGGGACCCAGAGAGCCACACGCUUCUCCAGAAGGCGACCCACAGCUGCAGGACCCCCGUGAUCAAGUUGCUGGUGGAGAAAGGCGCCAACGUGAACGCGAAGGGCGCCUACGGCUACACGCCGCUGCACGAGGCGUGCUACAUCGGGAGCAUGGACGUGGUGAGCUACCUCCUCAGCGUCAAGGCGAACGUCGACGCUCUCAGCAAAAACGGCUCCACCCCGCUGCUGGUCUCGGCCCGGGAGGGCCACACCGCCGUCUGCGAGUCGCUGCUCCGAGCCAACGCGGACGCGGACGACGGGGGCGACAAGGGCUGGACGCCCCUGCUGGUGUCCUCGGGCGAGGGCCACCUGGAGGUCUGCCAGACGCUCCUCACGUACCAGGCCAACGUGCACGGCUUCGCGGGGGACGGCCGGUACGAGCGCAGCGCAUUGCAGGAGGCCGCCGAGCAGGGCCACGCGGUCGUGGCCAAGCUGCUGCUGGACAGGGGGAGGAGGAGGAGGAGGAGGAGGAGGAGGAGGAGGAGGAGGAGGAGGAGGAGGAGGAGGAGGAGGAGGAGAGGAGGAGGAGGAGGAGGAGGAGGAGGAGAGGAGGAGGAGGAGGAGGCGGAGGAGGAGGAGGAGGAGAGGAGGAGGAGGGAGGAGGAGAGGAGGAGGAGGAGGAGGAGGAGGAGGAGGAGGAGGAGCCUGGCAGCUCGCGAACGGCGGGACGGGCGCCAGCGGCUGGACGACGCGGACUACCGCGCGACCGCCCGGGCGCUCCUGGGCCAAGACUGCGCGCCCGCGGGCAGCCGCUGCUGCAACCGCCUGCGCACUGGCGAGCGGGAGGGGCAGCCCUGCGGCGAGCCGCUCUGCUGCAAGGCGCGGCACGCCUUCCGUUGCGCCUGCGGAGGCGGCACGAAGGCGCGCAGCAGGGACGUCGAGGACGUGUGGGACCGCAUUCACCAGGAGUGCGGUUUCCGCACGGCCCGGCAGGUCCCGGUCCCCGCAUGGGACCGCUGGCGCUGGCGCUGCGCCGCGGCCGGCUGCAGGGCGCGCGAGCGGGCGGCACGCGGCGGGCCGGCUUCGGGCUGGCGCUACGCCGACGCCCCGCCGGGCGGGCCUUGCGGCGCCUGCGGGGGGCCGCUGGAGGUCGAGCGCCAGGAGGCGCUGCUCGACCUGGAGCUGCAGCGCGGCGACUGCCCCCGGACGCUGGUGGACGUCACCGUCCGCUACAGCGUUCCGGGGGACGCACGCGCUCUCGCCGCGGCCGCGGACGGCGACGGCACGGUGGCCGCCGAGGGGGAGGCGGACAAGCGCCGUCGCUACCCCGAGCGGCGCGCCCCCUGGCCGCUGCUCCCGCUGGCCCGCGAGACGGCCGCCUGGCUCGGCAAGGCGGCGCUGAGCCACCUGCGCUGGCUCGCCCGGGACCAGGCGCAGGCGCUGGGCGACGGGCCGGAAGCCGAGGCGGCCGCGAGCGCCCUGGCCCGCCGCUGGGGCGCGGAGCUGAGCUGCGCGCUGCACCGCGCAACCGCGCGGCAGCUGCGCAGCUCGCUCGGCCAGGAGCGCGAGCUCGCGGCCCGGGCCGCGCUGGCGGCCGAGCUCGCCGGCUAG